AUGUCUCAAAUUAGAAAGACACCAAGCCCUCAGGUCAUUCCGGUCGUCGAGACGGACAAAGGCCAAUCCGACAUCCUGUCAACGGAUGUAGAGACGGCGGCCCCGAAAAAGAAGUCGUGGUGGAACACAUCGGCGAGAACAGGGGAAAGAAAGCUUUUGUUGAAAUUGGACCUUUUCAUCUUAUCAUGGGCAUGCUUUGGCUACUUCCUACGGCUGUUAGACGCUUCAAAUAUACGCAACGCUUAUGUGUCCGGAAUGAAAGAGGACUUGGAACUCUUGAGUGACCAAUACAACUACUUCCAGACUCUUUGGACCAUAGGAUAUACAGUGGGCAUGAUUCCCAGCCAGGUGAUUCUCACGUAUGUCCGCCCUUCCUUGUGGCUCCCGUCUGUUGAGAUCAGCUGGGCCAUCAUCACAUUCUGCUUUGCUGCAGUCAAGAAUUACAAACACGUCUAUGUCCUGCGUUUACUUCUUGGACUUGCCGAAUCUCCCUUCUAUGUUGGAGGAAUGACGUUGCUUGGUAGCUGGUAUACACCUAAAGAACUAGCGACUCGAGCGACCAUAUUCUAUUCUGCCUCCUUCGCCGCGCAAAUGUUCUCCGGGUACCUCCAAGCAGCAGUAUACACUGGUCUUGAUGGAGUGCACGGACUACCUGGAUGGCGAUGGCUGUUCAUAAUUUGCGGCUGUAUCAAUAUUCCUGGCGCAAUCUGGGGCUAUUUCGCGGUGCCUGACAGCCCGUACAAUACCAGAGUGUUCUAUCUCAGUGAAGAGGAACGAGCCCUUGCCAAAUCUAGAGUCGAGGAGGUCGGCCGAAAGCCCUUUGAAGGCGUGACCUUGAAUACAUUCAAGAGUGCGCUGUCUCGCCCUUUUGUUUGGGUUUUUGUCGUAAACUACAUAUUCUUUUGCACUGCCACAUACGGAUCAGACUUUUUCGGUAUCUACCUCAAGACUCUGAAUGAAUAUACUGUCCAGCAAGUCAACCUUAUUCCAACCGCAGCAUAUGCAGUUGGCCUCGUAGGAGCAAUCCUGUUUGGUUUUAUCUCUGACAGGCUACGCGACCGCGUCUCUGUUGCUUUCGUCGUUGUGCUCUUGAACUUCACAACCUGCGUCGUGCUUGCCACCACUCCUUCCAAGGCCGGAGCCUUUUUCGGUUACCUGGUGAACCCAGCUACAAACUCCUAUGGGCCGCUCAUUAUUUCUCUCCUCGGAGAAACGUUUACCUCUCUAGCGGACGAACGGGCUUUGAUCCUGGGAAUGGCUCAAACCAUGGGCGCUACUUUCAAUGCCUGGCUUCCUCUGCUGAUCUUCAAUACCGGAACACAAGUGCCAUAUUUCCGCGUUGGUUGGAUCACCUCUUCUGCUUGUGCGGCAGCUCAGGCAGCCGGGGUUCUGCUUCUCGGCUACCUUGGGAAAAAGAUUGUGCGAGAUACGGCCGAUCAGAAGCUUUGA